AUGGCUGGGGGAGUACACCCCUCGGGAGGGGGGUCCCACUUAGGGGGGUAUCCCAAGAAUCCCACAGGUAAAGCGCGCAAGCCAGGGCGCAAAAGCCAGGGCGCAAAAGCCAGGGCGCAAAAGCCGGGGCGCAAAAGCCAGGGCGCAAAAGCCAGGGGCGCAAAAGCCAGGGGCGCAAAAACCAGGGCGCAAAAACCAGGGCGCAAAAACCAGGGCGCAAAAACCAGGGCGCAAAAACCAGGGCGCAAAAACCAGGGCGCAAAAACCAGGGCGCAAAAACCAGGGCGCAAAAACCAGGGCGCAAAAACCAGGGCGCAAAAACCAGGGCGCAAAAACCAGGGCGCAAAAACCAGGGCGCAAAAACCAGGGCGCAAAAACCAGGGCGCAAAAACCAGGGCGCAAAAACCAGGGCGCAAAAACCAGGGCGCAAAAACCAGGGCGCAAAAACCAGGGCGCAAAAACCAGGGCGCAAAAACCAGGGCGCAAAAACCAGGGCGCAAAAACCAGGGCGCAAAAACCAGGGCGCAAAAACCAGGGCGCAAAAACCAGGGCGCAAAAACCAGGGCGCAAAAACCAGGGCGCAAAAAACCAGGGCGCAAAAACCAGGGCGCAAAAACCAGGGCGCAAAAACCAGGGCGCAAAAACCAGGGCGCAAAAACCAGGGCGCAAAAACCAGGGCGCAAAAACCAGGGCGCAAAAACCAGGGCUGCGUUUCCGUGA